AUGAAGCGGCAAGUCCGCGUCGCGUACCUCGCAGAGCGCGCGGCGCUGCAAGACGCCUACGUGGCGCUCACCUCUCGAUUCUACGCCCUUCGAGGGACAAUGCUGCCGUGGGAAGAGGUGGCAGCCGCGCUCCGGGACGCGCGUGAGGCCGCCGACAACGACAACCGCAACCUCCAGCACCGCGUCCGCCAAACCCGCUUGUUUGCGACGCGCUUGCAGCACUGGAUGAGCACCAUGUCCGCACCGACCACCACGAGCCUCACGACCAAUGGUGUCACCAGCGUGACACUCCUGCAAGACAUCGAGAUGCGUCAGCUGGGCUUGGAGUGGAUUCAAAAGCAGCUUUACCACAGUGCGAGCAGACAUCUCGCACCGUCCGUGUUUCCCCACGCGUACGAAGACUCGGUCAAGGUCGAGUGGGGCCACCGCGGGCGCAAGAUCGUGCUUCAAAAAGUUGUGCAAGCAAGUCCGCAAAUCGUCGCCGCUGCGCUCUGGGCUGUCAACUGCGCGUCGACCGGCGAGCUUUUCCCCGGUGUCCACACGGCCAACAUUCGGGUCCUCCAUCAAGCGCAGGAUGGGAACCGUCGGCUCAGCUACAGCGUCGACGAGACGGGCAACUCGAAAGGCACGAGCCUCAAGAUUUGCCAUGCGCGCUUCAACGACAACAACGACCGCAUCCUCGUCGCGUAUCGCUCCGUCACGAUCGACGACACGUACCCCGACGUUUUGGACCCGGACGAGUACCUCGAGUGCGUCAACUACCUCCAGCCCCGCGCGUCGUUCGAGUCGGUCACCGGCUACGUCGAAGGCAUCUACCCGGCGGGGUACCACCACCAUGUGCAGACGUAUGCAAACCUGAGGAACCAGAAUCUCUCGUUCGAGCAGUAUCUGCAACGCGCGCUCUUGUUGCGCGGCAUUGCGAUCGCCCACGAGCACAGCGACGUCCUCAACAAGGUCAUCCAGAGCGUCAUGACGCACCCUGCUUUUUACAACGUCUAA